UUAAAAAAAAUAAAAUAAAAUAAAAGAAAAAAAAUUACCCCUGUUUGUAGAGAGAGGAGAGAGAAGUGAGAGGAGAGAGAGAAGAGAGAGAAGGGGGAGGCCACAAUGGGUAAGGUAGUGGAGAAGAAGAAGAAGAAGAAAGGAAGACCAUCUCUUUUAGAUCUCGAAAAGCGAAAUCUCAGAGAACAACAACAACAGCAGCAGCAGCAACAACCACAGCAAAAGAGAAACCCUAACUCUAACCCUUAUUCCAAUUCUAAUUACAGAAACCCUAUCGUUCCCAGUCCUAACCCUAACCCUAACCCUAACCGUCGAUUAACUCGCCGUAACCCUUACCCUGAAGGAAUCCCUGCCGCAGAUUCCGAGGGAGCUGUUGCCGUAGAUGAGGAUGAUGACGAUGAUGAUGAUGAUGAUGACGAGGAUUCCAACGGUAAGCGUAAGGAGAAGAAACUCAAAUUCGUCCUUCGAAUACCUUCGAAUCAGCAACCUAGAUCUUCUUUGAAUACUUCACUGAAUUCUGGUUCGUAUGGCUCUGAUUCCAAUGCUGAGGAUGAUAACUCUGGUACGCCCCAUAAGAAGCGGAAGAUUAAUGCCGUUAGGGAUGGAUCUGGUCCCGGGGAUGUUCAAAAGGGAGAAAAUCCGAAGCCUGCCUCAAAAGGGGAAGAGUCAGGGUCACCGUUGGAGUCUGGACCCACAACACCUUUACCGGACAAAAAGUUGCUGUUGUUCAUCCUUGACAGGCUUCAAAAGAAGGACACUUAUGGAGUGUUCUCUGAACCGGUGAAUCCAGACGAACUUCCGGACUACCAUGAAGUCAUUCAGGAUCCAAUGGAUUUUGGGACUGUGAGAAAGAAAGUGACAGGAGGAGCCUAUGCGAACUUGGAACAAUUUGAGAAAGAUGUCUUCUUGAUCUGUUCAAAUGCAAUGACAUAUAAUGCACCGGAUACCAUUUACUACCGACAGGCACGAUCCAUACAAGAGCUGGCACAGAAGAAUUUUGAAAAUUUGAGGCAAGAUAGUGAAGAUAAUGAACCACAACCAAAGGUAGUGAGGAGAGGUAGACCACCAACUAAACACCUGAAAAAACCACUAGGAAGGCCUCCUUCUGAGCGUGCUGGAUCUGAGUUUUCUUCUGAUGCUACUCCGGGAGACAAUUCCAUCUGGCAAAACAGUUAUGAUCAAAGAAAAGGAUCUCUUUUGGAUAGGACUGGGAUUUCUGAUGCAUCAGGGAGGACUUUUCAUGGAUCCCACAACAGUGAAGCUUAUACUAGUUGGUUCGCUGAGCGGACAAAUGAGAAAAAUGAUGAAUUUCCAGGGUCUGGUUUGAAAGGUAUGUCAGUGAAGUACUGGAAGAAACAGUUUGUUUCAGAUGAAAGCAGGCGCAACACCUACAAUCAGUUUCAUCCAUCAGCUGUUGGAUGCAAACCAUCAGUAUUUACCGUUUUUGAUGGGGAGCCAAAGCACCUAUUGACUGUGGGGCUUCAGGCAGAAUUUGGUUAUGCAAGGAGCCUGGCUCGCUUUGCUGCAAAUCUUGGGCCCGUUGCUUGGAAGAUUGCCUCUCAGAAGAUUGAAAGGGCACUGCCUGCUGGACUGAAGUUUGGCCCGGGUUGGGUAGUAGAAAAUGAUGCGCCACAGCCACAAGUACAAGUACAAGCACCAUCUCAGCCUGUGCAGCUGCUACCACAACCCUCUUCCCUACCGAAGAUCUUAAAAUCAACUGCUACCAUGCAUGCAGUUGAGCCUGGAGAUAAAACAUCAGAAAAGGACUCUUCAAAUAACCCUACAUCAGAUGGCAUACAUAGCAAGCUGCCUCCACCAUCUUCUGCUUCCUCUUCUACAGUCCAUAUUAGAACUCCUGAGCCAACUACAAAAGCAGAAGCUGCUGGAGGAUUAAAUUAUGAUAGUGGGCUCGGUUUAUUGAAUAGCAGUGGUGGUGGUGGUGCUGUCAGGCCUAGGCCUCCCUUUCAGAUCCAUCAGAGUCCUCUAAUCCAGAACACUUUGAAUGGUUUAGCUGGUGGAACUGUGUUUAAUGUUUCACCUCAGAUGGGGAAACUGGUAAGGACUAGCAGGCCAGCGGGGACCUUUGGUUCGGAGGCUACAAUGGCUUCAGCAAUGCAUUCCAUGGUCGCCAGAAGCAAUAACUUUACCCAUCCAAUACCUGUUGGCCAUUCAGAAUCUGAGGACCACAAGCUGUCGGCGAGUUCAAAUACAAUAAGUUCAGUGGCGGUGUUGCCAGAUUCUAGCCAAGAAUCACAGUUGGUACCUGGAGUGGUGCACCGUAAGCCAUUGUGGGGCGGGUUGUCGUUGCACCAGAAAACAGAUUCAGUUCCACCUGACCUGAAUGUUAGAUUUCAAUCACCAGGGUCUCCAAGUUCUAGUGUGCCGGUUGAUUCACCUCAGCCAGAUUUAGCAUUGCAGCUCUGAGGAUCAUUUAGUUAUUCUUCUUUUUCGCUUUAUUUUUUCUUUUGGGUGGGGGAUUGGGGUUUGUCUGGGCAGGCGGCAAUUGGUAGGAGUUGGAAGCUCCUGGGAAUGGGAGGGAGGCAUAGAGGGUCUCUAGAUAAGCUGGUAGGGCAUAGUCACACACAAUCGUGUUGUAAAAGAGUAGGGGAAUUGUCUGUACAGAUUAAUGUAUUCUAAUUUAUGGUCCAAAUUUAGGAGGAAAAGCCUGAAAAAGAAAAGUUCAUUUGUAUUAUGGAAAAAGUUACCUGAGCUAUUUGGGCAGGGUAUGCUAACAAAUCUCUGUCUAUCUAUUUUCAUUUUGCA